UCCGUUCCUGGUAAUGAAAGCGUGACAGUCGUGUAUGUGGUGUUCACUAUCACACAAAUUGCAUCUCCACCUUCCUGGGUGUGAGUUAUGAAUAGAAUGUUGCGACUGGAGAACCGGAUCUGAAGCAAAGAAAUAACAACAAGGCAGACGUGGCAGCGAUAUGCAUGCUAGUACUGUAUAGAGAGCUUCCUCCUGUGCUGUCAGCUAUGAGGAUCCUCUUUCUGGCCUGUCUCAGAGCCCACACUGGCAAUUCAACCACAGCAGAGAGAAUCAAGUAAGCAUCAGCCAGGCAGCCAUCCCUCCUAAUAUGUUUGCCAAAUGAAUUACCGGUAGUGGAGGCAGCAUGCCAAGCUACAGCUUGGUCAUUGAACAUUAUAUAUAUAUUUAAAUAAUGUGCAGCCUUUUCCCAGGGAUCAUCUUGAAGCAGCUGGACAUCAAUGUGUGCUGAAAGAUGCUACAUCAAUAGAGAAUCCAUUUGAAGUAGCAAAGCUAAUCUCUAAAGAUAUGUUUGAUGCAGGACUGGUCAUUCAUCUGUAUAAAGCAGGCAGAUUUAUGCUGGGCACCAGAAUCCCAUUUGGGGCUAUAUUUGGGGGAACAGAUAUCAAUGAAGAUGUUAAAAAUGAAGAGAAAUUUCGUGUGAUGGGAGCUGUGCUUGAUGAAGCCAGGUUUGCUGUGGCAUUUACUUACAAGAUCAAAGAAAUUGCUGCAACGCACUGGCCACAUGCAAUGCACAAAAUACAUAUCACACCUCAAGGGAUUUUAACAAUGCCAAAUGUAUAUUUCAGCUGUGAAACAUUUCUACAUGAUGCAGGAAUUCAGCAAAAUUUAGGGAAUUUGAAAAUCUUUGUCCUGAUCUGUGGUCUUAGGAGAGUCAAAGAUCCGCUUUAUCUGGUAGAAGAAUUUGCAGAAUGGCAUGAAAGGAAUCCCAAUGUUUGCUUGUUGAUUAUUGGACCAACGGUUGAUCCAGUGUUUACACAAGAGGUGAAAAAGAAAAUAGAACACAAUAAUGGGGUUCAUCUUAUUGAGGAAAUUCCUCAAGAAAAUCUACAAGCCUUUAUCAGUUGCUGUUUUGCAAUUGUAAACAGCUCUUUGUCUGAAGGGAUGUCAGCAGCCAUAUUGGAGGCUAUGGAUUUAGAGGUCCCGGUGCUGGCAAGGGAUAUUCCUGGAAAUGCUGCAAUAAUCAAACAUGAAGAUAACGGACUUCUCUUUUCUACGCCCCAGGAGUUUGUCCAGUUGUCCAAAAGACUGAUGAACGAACCGGAUUUGAAAAGAAGAAUUAUAUCUAAUGCUAAAGAGUAUAUACAGACUCACCAUUCUUGGGAGAUAGAAAGGGAGAAAUAUCAACGUCUUGUGCUAUGUCUGAAUAAGGCCUGUUGACCGAAGCUGCUUAGAGAACAUUUUGCAACGGAGUCCACCAGAUUCGCCAACAGAUUUCUGUU